CGUCCACCUGGGCGUACGGCUCGUCUAACUUCACGCAACUGGCUUCGGGAGCCGCUCGGCUUCUCUCCGCCAUGCCCGUCGGUGCCUCCCCCUCAGCCAAGUCCCGGUACAACCUGGUGGACGACAGGCACGACCUGCGCAUCCCGCUACACAACGAUGACGCCUUCCAGCACGGCAUCGGCUUUGAGGCCAAGUAUAUUGGCAGCCUAGAUGUGCCACGGCCAAACAGCAGGGUAGAGAUUGUGACUGCUAUGAGGCGAAUCAGGUAUGAAUUCAAAGCCAAAAGUAUAAAGAAGAAGAAGGUGAAUCUAAUGGUGUCGGUAGAUGGUGUGAAGGUGGUGCUGAAAAAGAAGAAGAAGAAGAAAGAAUGGGACUGGAAUGAAAGCAAGCUGCUGGUGAUGCAUGACCCAAUCUACAGGAUAUUCUAUGUAUCUCACGAUUCCCAGGACCUGAAGAUCUUCAGUUACAUUGCCAGGGAUGGCUCCAGCAACAUCUUCCACUGCAAUGUUUUCAAGUCCAAGAAGAAGAGUCAGGCCAUGCGCAUUGUCCGAACUGUGGGUCAGGCAUUUGAGGUGUGCCACAAGCUGAGCCUUCAGCACACUCACCAGAAUGCUGAUGGCCAAGAGGACAGCCAAAGCGAGAAGGGCAGUGACGAUUUGGAGGCACCAGCUGAGCCUGUUGGCACUGCUGAGGAAACAGACAUUGAUGCUGUGGACAUUGGACUACCAGGGAGCGAUCACUUGGAGUUCAACAGAGGAGUGACAGACCUUGAUGCUGUGGGUAGAGAGUCGCCUGGCCUGCUUUGCACUGAGGGCUUGCUUCAUAAAGACAGUAUCCUGACAGCUUCUCCCAAGAUGCUGCUCCCUUCAUCUGCCCAGUUGCCUGAGCCAGGGGUUCCUUUAUCUGCUCACCACCAGAUGCAGUUUCUGCAGCAGCUCUUGCAACAGCAACAGCAACAGACUCAAGUUGCUGUGGCCCAGGUGCAUUUGCUGAAGGAACAGCUGGCAACAGAGGCAGCUGCCCGACUUGAGGCCCAGGCUCGAGUGCACCAGCUCUUAAUGCAGAAUAAGGGCCUCCUCCAGCAUAUCUCACUUCUAGUGAAGCAGGUGCAAGAACUGGAAGCAAAGCUGUUGAGAUCUGGCACCAUGGAUUCUCAAGAUAGCUUGCUGGAGAUCACCUACCGCUCCGGAGCCCUGCCCGUUCUGUGUGACCCCACCACUCCGAUGCCUGAGGACAGCCACCUGCUCCAGCUCAGCCACAGCUUCUCCAAUGUCGCCAGCUCUCUGGGCAGCCCCUUAGUUGACCAAAGCAUGUUUGAGAAUUCAAACACUACUUCUGCACCAAAGCUGCCAGUUGCCAAAUCUGCCUCGCUGCACACCCGAUCAUCCCCAGGCGUGAAUCUGAGAGGCCCGCCAGAUUGGGGAGGUGGCAGCCACCACCUCAAGAACCUCAGCAAGACUGUUGGUGCAAAAGUCAACGAUUUCCUGCGCAGGAAAGAGCCCACCAGCCACAGCAGCUUUGGAGCAACAGAAGUCAAUGAGAGCGCAGGGGCAGCACUGCCAUGCGGACAAGGCGCACUGCUGGGAGUCCAGGGCCGGGCACAGGGGCAGCCACCAACUGAUGCCAUUCCCCGGCUCAACCCACCUCCACUGAUUACCAAAAAGCGCACCCCAAGAGCUCUGAAGACCACUCAAGAUAUGCUGAUUGCUUCCCAACCAUUGGUGGGCAGCUUAGAAGCCUCCUUUCCAGGGGAAAGCCAGGAACAUGCAUGCCAACCCACCAGGACAGAGGUGGCAUGGCAAGAGACUGGUUCAUUGGCACAGGAGGAGGUUGGAAGCAGUCCCAGCAGGGCCUUUGGUGUACCUGACCUCAUUCAUGAGGAGAACCUAGAGCCCAAGCUGAGCAUUGCUUACAGAAUAUCCUCUCCACCUUACCCAGAGAAUUUGGCUCUACAACUCAACUCAAGUGCUGGCAAGAGCCUUCCUGAACACCAGUUCCAAAGCAGCACGGAUCCCUCCAAGGCAAAGACAUCCACUCUAGAAAGGGAAGGGCACAGCCCAGACUUGCUGUCCUUCGAGUAGAAUUGUCUCCUUUCACCAGUAGCCAUGCUUCAGUUGCAGAGUCAGGAGGUCACUGUAACUGUUCCCUUGUAAGAUGUUCUGAGGCAGAUGCUGGGACAAACCGCAUCCGCAUAUCCUCUGGAUAUGUUAUGGCAAGAAGUAUCCUGAGAAAAAGCAGCUACCUUUUCCAUCAGCAUACUUGAACUUACUAUGCAAUAGCCAACCAUUGGGAAUGCACAAGUUGGGCUGGCCCUGCACCAGUCCCUCUAUGUAGACUGACUGGAAACCAAGAUGGGCAAAGAUAAUCUGCACAACUUGAAUGUGGGGAAUGUGGGGAUUAGUGAGGCUGAAAUUGCACAGCUAAUUAAACCCCUCUAGGUGUUCUCUCAGGAUCCAUUCCUGGGAUGGAAUUCCAGAAAGAAUUCUCCCUGGAUCUGCUCCAUGAGCAGAGCAGAAUAAUGCUCUUCCUUUGCUGGAAUACAGCAGUGCUUCAAGCCAGUCCUUCCUUCCUUCCUUGAUUCUGAUCACUACAGGUGCCUUCACCUGUAGUAAAGCUGUUGGAGACCCAAAGUGCAAUUCAAAAUCCAAGCACCAGGAGACAGGUAUCACUGCUCCAAGAGCAGAGCUCCCUUUCCUUCCAUUGCUAGCCUUGCUCUGCACACAUGGGGGUAUUGCAUCCCUCCUAGUCAGUGGUGCCGAUUGUCAUGGGCUGAGGGGCUUUUAUCCUCAACUUUUGUCCCUUCUGUUGAAGUUCUACACAAGGAAGCACUUUAAAUCAGGUUCAUGAACAAAUCCCUCAAUGUCUUAACUUGAGAAGCAAGAGCAUAUUUUGUUGAAAGCCACCCUUUCAACAGAAAAGGUGUUUCACCCUUUCAGAGAAGAGACCAAUUUUGGCCUUUUCUCCACCUGGGCCAAAACCUGCCUUCUGUACCUGAGUUGCACCUGACCUCCACAGUCCUCCAGAUAACAACCAUCUAGAGCUUCUGGUGCAGUUCUCUUCAUCCAAAAGUCCAGGGACCUUAGUUUUUUGUGUGUUUUUUUGCCAACUUGAUGUUCUUAGUAAGCAGAACAAGAAACCUAGGCCUUGAUUACCAGUCCAGUCCAUCCCAUAAUCUGGCCAUCCAGACUCGAAAGUGGGCAUUUUGAAGCCAAAGACGGCUGAGCAGGUUGUACUGAAACUAACGUGUUCUCUGUAAUCACUUUACUUAGAUCAGACUUACCCAACCUGGUGCCCUCCAGAUGUUUUGGACCACAACUUCGAGCAUUCCCGACCAUUGGCCAUACUGGCUGGGGCUGCUGGGAGUUGAAGUCCAAAACAUCUGGAGGGUAUCUAGUUGGAAAAGGCUGGAGUAGACACUUGCGGUGAUGGCCUUUCCCCCCUCUCAUUUCAACUAAAUUACUUUGUGGAGUUGGGGACUGUGGGUGGGGGGAGAUUGCAAAAGUGCCCCUUCCAUCUGAGUUGCACUACAGAUGCCUGGGCAUGUUCAUAUUGCAUGUAACAUGCAUGUGCAUAUUUUUGUGAACUGCCCAGAGAGCUUCGGCUAUUGGGCGGUAUAGAAAUGAAAUGAAAUAAAUAAAUAAAUAUCCAUUAAUACCCUCUGGAAAUGCCAGCAUAAUGGUGUCAACCUCAUGCAUAUGAACAUUCAAUUUUUGAUAAACUCCAGUCACUGCAGACACUCAUACAAUAUCUAAAUGGUGGCUUCAAAUGGGAAUCUGGCCACAAAAUUUCCUUGUCAAGGAAUUUCACCUCAUUUGUGCCUUUGCACCUCCAUAACUAGUCUCAUCAUUCCUGUGCUACAUUUUUUCUGCAAGUGGUUCUCUACUAAAGCUGAAACAAAUAUGCGCAAAUAUUUAAAAUUCAUGGGAUUUUAUUUCCUCCCUUAGAUGUUGAAAGUUUGAAUGUUCUAGACUUCUUUGGCAUUUCUUGAAUUUAGUAGUCUUCAGGUGUGAAAUGUCAUAAGCUGUCAGCGAUCAAUUACUGCCAAGUACUAAUUAUGAUUGCAUGUUACCUGUUAAAUGCUAUAUAAUAGAAAAGGCAUUAAAAGAUCAAAAAGUUUUCCAACUGUCUUCCAGGUCACCCUUCUUUGGAAAUGUCUCAACUGUUCCUCAUUGGGGACAGAUCCAUAAUGGAGACAAGCUUCCUGAAAGUCUGCUUGCUAACCACUGCCACUGGUCUUCUUCUGCAUUGUGUAGGCACCACAGAAUGUUUGAGAGCACAUUCCCAUUCCAUGAUGGGGAUAGUGAUUCUCACAAGUGUUCUCUUGUGAACUGACUGUGCAUUCCUAGGACAAGCCCAAGAUCCUCUGCAACUUGUAGGGCUCCAUAGCAGUCAAGUUGAUUUGGGAAGAAAGUUUGAAAUCCACUCUGGAAUCCCGUUGCAUUUCAGCUCUUAAUACUGUCAAAUACUAAACAACACUGUAAGUUUACUAUCAAUAUCAAUCAAACUAUUAGGAGAAGAAAAUCACUGAAUGUCAAAUCUGGAUGACAAAUAUUUAUUCCCUAGCAAAAUUUGUAAAGAAUAACUAUGACAAUUUUUGGAAGCAAAUGUAUUUUAGCUCUUCUCUGAACUCCUAAUAACUAUAUGACUGACAGAAAUUCAGUAGGUAAAGCUUUCUCCAUCACUGAUGCUGCAGUACUGAGGAAACUGCACUUCCUGAACUGUUACUGUUUAGCUGUUAAAGGCACAGAGUUUCUUGUCAAGAAAACAAUAAAUAAAAGACAGUCCAUUCCCAUGCAUUUAUUCCACAAAUAAAUCCACUGAAAUCAGUGAGCUCAAGCAAGCUAACUCCACAUAAGACUGGACUGAGUCAGCCAUCCAGACCUCCAUUUGGAAGUUUGAUUCUAAGUAAAAUCUUCUACUCUGAUCAAAGUGUACUUAUAAGCUGCUGGACUAUUUGGACAUGAAUGCUUUUAGAAACAGUUGACGGCAAGUGGUCAAAUAGGGCAUCAUGCAGCAUUGUCCUAUGCGUAUUUACUCAGAAAGCCAUGGGGUUCAGUGGGGAUUUUUCUCCCUCUCUUAUAAUACUAGAACCCAGGGCCAUCCCAUAAAGCUGAUCACUGGGAGAAUCAGGACAGACAAAAGAAAGUACUUCACAUGGUGCAUAGUCAAACUCUAAAAUUUGCUAUCACAAGACGUCACAAUGGCCACCAAUAUGGAUGGCUUUAAAAGGGGGUUAGACAAAUUCCUGGAGAAGGCUACCAAUGGCUACUAAUCCUGAUGCCUCUAUGCUACCAUCAGUAACCAGAUGCAUUAAGCUUAUGUACACUAGUUGCUGGGGCACAUGGGUGUGGGGGUGCUGUUGCAUUCAUGUCCUGCUUGAGCGUUUCCUGUUAAUAACUGGUCGGCCACUGCAUGAACAGAAUUCUGGGCUGGAUGGUUCUUCUUAUGUUCUUAUGUGAGGAAACAAUCACCGACAGAUUGGAAUUCAUUUCUGUUUAAAUGUAUCCAUCCCUCAGAUGUCUAAUGCUGUCACCCAUGUAUCUAUUUCAGAUAUAUAUGUAGCCCCAUGCAGCCAUUUGCCUGCACUUGUGUAGGCUGUGUAUUCGGGAUGUUGGUGUGCAUGUAAGCCAGUGUCCCUGUGCUAUUUCACUUACGUUUUGUGUGUGGGCUUCCCACAGGCAUCUGGUUGGCCACUAUGGAACAGAAUGGUCUGACUGAGCAUGGCGGUUCUUAUGUUUUAACAUGCUGGUUUUAGAAACUGAAGAAAAAUUGAAUGAAGGAGAAUCUGCAAUAGAACUAGCACCUGAAAAUCAUAGUUUUUUUCAAAGUAUAAAGCAGAUUUUAUUUAGCUCUAUAUUCUAAAUUUGUUAAUAAAU